UACUUAGUUGGCCUGAUUUCACUUGUCGUGCAGGCCACAGCACUGUUUACGCUAGCGUCAUCCACGAAGAUGGUAUUGAGCUGCGGCGGCGACGUUCGAGGUCUAAUCCAUUACUCGUUACCAGCUGAGAAUACAGCUGGUCCAUCCGUGCAACGAACACGUCAGCCCAUCUGGUCGAUGGCCUCCCUCGAGGACAUUUUACUUCGCGAGGAAUCCAUUCCAGAGUUCUUAGUGUCCAUCUGUCGUCUGUCUCAUUAUAUGACCAGCCCAUCAAUACAUUUCCUUAGAGAGUGUCGAUAUGCGAGCGAGAAUAAUUUUCGUGAAGAGCUUGUAAAGCACGCUCAGCAGGCAUAUUGGAAGGCAGUUCCGAAGAUCCUCCCUAUCGUCUUUUUAAAAAAGGAUUGUUCGGGAGGCGAUGUCCCCCAACUCGUAAAAGGUCGGCCAAAACAUGGCAGUUCCGGAGCCGUGGCUGCCUUCAUGGUCUUGAUUGCGGCGCGUACUUCAGCAGGUAGUCCGUGGUUGUACUUCUCCUUUGGGAAUAACGGGUUUGACACGGGUAUUGACGAGCGGAAAAGUUGGUGUAGAAUUGAUCGAUUCCAUCUUUUGUCAGAAAGAGAUGCGAGCCCCGUCUUCGUUUAG